AUGACAUCGCGGAUUUUACUUCAAAAUGCAACCAUCCUGGUCCCCUCGGGUCAACCAAACGACUAUGUUAAGCCGCUGCGUGGCCAUUCGUUGUUGAUUGAGGACAAACGGAUCUCCAAAAUUGCGCCCACCAUCGACCCACCUAGCGGUACUCAGAUAUUUGAUUGUACUGGCAAAAUAAUAUCACCUGGAUUUAUUGACACACACCACCAUGUGUGGCAGACACAGCUUAAGGGUCGCCAUGCUGAUCAAACCCUACUAGAAUACCUCCCCAAUGGGAACAUGCAAAGCGCCAACUACAUCCCGGAAGAUGUAUUUUGGGGUGAACUGGGAGGUUGUCUAGAGGCUUUGGAUGCAGGAACAACAACCUUGGUUGAUCAUGCCCAUGUCAACAUUUCACCGGCCCAUACCACAAACGCGAUUGAGGCUACGAUAGCCUCUGGGAUCCGAUCGGUGUUUUGCUACGCGCCAACUGCCAAGACUCAGGAUUGGACGCCCGAGAUCACCAUUAAUGGAGGACUGCUAGACGACUGGGUCAUAGAGCAGUUCGAAAAUCUUGGUGCUGCUGCCCCUUUUGGAGACGGACGAGUCCAAAUGGGGUUCGCCUUUGAUGGGUUUAUGUUGCCACAAGAUCAAGUGGUUUCCAUUUACCACAAAGCUCGGAAGCUCGGGGCAAGAGUUAUAACGACUCACUACGCUGGAUUGUACUUUGGCCCGGAUUCGGUAGUCGAUACUCUUGAGAGCUAUGGGCUUUUGGGGCCAGAUAUCCUGCUCUCACAUGCCACCAAUUUGACGGCAAGUGAUAUCAGCAAGCUAAAUCAAGCCCGAGCGUGGAUAUCAACGACCCCAGAUACUGAGUUGCAAAUGGGACAUGGGAAUAUUGUCUGUUUUCGUGAUGGUUGCACUGACAUUUGCUCCUUGGGUAUUGACUGCCACAGCAAUAACUCAGCCGAUAUGGUUUCCCAAAUGCGCCUAGCAUUACAACAUGAAAGAGCAGAUCGCAACGAGGCGCUAAUUGCGAAAGGAACAUUUUCGCGCUCGUUGAAUCUUCAUGUUCAAGAUGUCUUCCGACUAGGAACAAUCCAGGGAGCUCGAGCAGUUCGCAUGGAAGAGAACCUGGGUUCACUGACUGUCGGAAAACUCGCGGAUAUUGUCAUAUUCGACGGGGAAAGCCCCGGUAUGGUUUGUGCCUCUGAACAGGAUCCGGUCGCGGCUAUUGUUCUUCAUUCUUCGGUUAGGGACGUCGACAUGGUCAUCGUAGAUGGUCAGAUUCGCAAGCAGAAUGGAAGGCUUCUUCCAGCUACGAUUGCACCGAGCCUGCCUGAAGUGCAUAUCUUGCCUCAAAUUGUCAACUGGAAUCAGGUUGCGAAGAAUUUGAUUGCUAGCCGUAGCAGGAUUCAAGAAGCAAUUUCAAAAUCGAAUGCUACAGAUCAGGAGCAACUCGUGGAUUCAUUCUUGAAACUCAUACAUGCCGGUGAAAACAAAUUCGUCCGCUUAUGA